AUGUCUGCUGAGGAAACAAACAAUGAGCCUAAGAAGGUUCCAAGGAGAAGAUUUGUUGGUUCAAGAAACGGUGAUGGAAAAGGUAUCAAAACCGUCUCUUCUGAAGAUGGUAAUGAACUAGUAAGAAAGGCUAGAAGUACGAUAAAUGGUUCCAGAAGUAUGAUUACACAUAUUCCAGAAGAGAUCCUUAACGAUGAAGAACUUAAUGAGGCUAUAAAUUUGUUGCCAUCUAAUUAUAACUUUGAAAUGCAUAAAACCAUUUGGAAUUUAAAGAAGAAUAACUCUAAGCGUGUUGCAUUGCAAAUGCCUGAAGGGUUACUGAUUUAUUCCUUGCUGAUUAGUGAUAUUUUGGAACAAUUCUGUGGUGUAGAGACCGUAGUUAUGGGUGAUGUCUCAUACGGUGCAUGUUGUAUUGAUGACUACACUGCAAGGGCCUUAGAGUGUGACUUCAUUGUUCAUUACGCCCAUUCGUGUCUGGUUCCUAUCGAUAUUACAACUAUCAAAGUAUUGUAUGUCUUUGUUACUAUUAAUAUUGACGAAACACAUAUCAUUAAAACCUUGCAAAAGAAUUUCCCAAAGGGUAGUAAGCUUGCUACUGUUAGUACCAUUCAAUUUAAUCCAACAGUACAUAGUAUAAAGGAUAAGUUAUUACAUGACCCACCUAAUGAUCACUUACUGUAUAUCAUCCCGCCUCAGAUAAAGCCUCUAUCCAGGGGUGAAGUGUUGGGGUGUACCUCGGAGAGACUUGAUAAGAAUCAAAUCGAUGCAAUCAUAUUUAUUGGUGAUGGUAGAUUCCAUUUGGAGUCUGCUAUGAUUCAUAAUCCGGAUAUUCCUGCAUUUAAAUAUGAUCCUUACAACAGAAAGUUUACUAGAGAAGGUUACGAUCAAAAACAAUUGGUUCAGGUAAGAACUGAAGCUAUUGAGACUGCUAGACGUGGUAAAGUGAUUGGUUUAAUCCUAGGUGCUCUUGGUAGACAAGGUAAUGUAGGUACUGUAGAUAGACUUGAGAAAACUUUAGUCGAACAAGGUUAUUCCGUAGUGAAGAUUAUCUUAAGUGAGAUUUUCCCACAAAAAUUGGCAUUAUUCGAUAAGAUUGACGCGUUUAUUCAAGUUGCAUGCCCUAGAUUAUCAAUCGACUGGGGCUAUGCUUUCAACAAACCUCUUUUGACCCCAUAUGAAGCUAGUGUUUUGAUGGGUAAAGAUGUUAUGUUUGAUGAAUCCUAUUACCCAAUGGAUUAUUAUGAAACUAACGGUUAUGGGAGAGGUCAAGCCCCUGCUCAUUCUUCUUACGUUAGUUAA